CGGGAGCUGGGUGGCGGAUCCACCAAGCCAGCGCAGCCUCUACCAGAGCUUUUCACUGUUUAUACAUUUUAGCAAACAAAGGCGUUAAUGUUCACUGCAGGUCACCUAGUUCUAAUGGUUGCAAGUCACGUAGUUCUCUUAUCAGUUAGUAUCCUGUCUUCUGUUGGCUAAUGAUUCUUUUCUAAUUAGCUUCCCAUGCUAAUAAGUCCGUACAUUCAGUCUUUCCCUUCUUUUGGAUCUUAGACCAUUGGAAUAUAUCCAGACCUAAACCUAAACAAGGAAGUCCUACCAUUUGUCUUUCUAACACCUGGACGUCACUUAGAGCUUGUUUGUUGGCUGCUCUCUAUUUCACUGAUUAAAUCUCCUUUGUUGUUGAUUAGAUUUGAAAAUAGACAAAGACCAGACAUGAAAGAACAUCCUUUCUUAAGAAAAAAGCUUAGAGAGUUUGCUGUUAAGCUCCUGGACCAGAUUCUGGCUUUAAUAAUUUUCUGAGAUGUCUGAUGUAUGCUGUAUAGCAUUGUAGGCAAAAUAUCAGCUGGCAAAAAAGAGGGGGGAAAGGGCACCUGUGUUAGCUCUAACUACUGUAACUCUUCACAGAUGAGAAAAAACAUGAAAAUAGGGGCACGGCAAGAGGUCAAGGGUACAUUUCUUUCCCACUGUGUUCUUAAAUAAUGACUAUGCCAACUGGUAGGAAAUUUUGCUAGAAAAACAUGGCUCUAAUUAAAAUGUUGCCAGAAACUGUGGUGUAUUUAGGGUUCUGGAUUUAAAAGUGAAGCCCUAGAAGUAUUUUUAAGGGCUUGUAUUUCCUCCUGUUUCAUUUUAGAAGUGCCUACAAUGUAUUUUUGACUCUCUAUGAAUGUACUUUUUUGAUCCUCUAUUUUUUUGAUCAUAUAGAAUAUAUAGAUGAAACUCUUGAUUGGAUAAGAAAGUAAUUUGUCUUGGAGCAGGGUUUUGUCAGGUUAAUUUGAUAAUAAACAGCUUUAAUCUGCUCUCUGAGUUGUAUAUAUGGAUUAGAAAAGGAGUGGGGCAUAAAGCAAAGGGAGUUAGAAUGAGAGACUUGCUGUAACUAAUGUUGGGGCUUUUUAACCUGGUAAUAUUUCUGUGUAGCUGUAAUGUAGAUUAUGUCCAGUCCUGAAGCAAAAUGCACCAGAUAAAGCUCUAAGAAAGAUCUGUAUUUAGAAAGGAAAAAUCAUCCUUUAGCCAGAAUUACUUUUUGACUUUAUUGAAUGCAAAGUUUUGAAAUUACUAAAAAGCAGUUAACCAUCAUUUUGUAAUCAGUUAGUGAAAAAGUGUGAUCAAGGAUUCGUUAUUGAUGGGUUUUUUUGCCUUUCCCCUCUCCUGCUAUGAUUUCCUCAGCUUGCAACCUGAGUUAUCCAGUGCUGUGUGUGUUUUAAUUUGUUAAGAAAAAAAGCAUCCUUCUCCACUCCAGAAAUCCUCUGACAUGAAUUAAAUACUUUAUUAUUCAAGGCAUCUCAAAGGUUUCAGAUGUCUGAUUGCUGAAAUUAUUUCUAGUGGAAUUCAUUCAGGGCAGACACGGGUUAUCCUCUUUGCAGAGUGCAUUUAGCCAGGUAUUGCUGGGCAACACGUGAUGUAAGCUCCUUUGAAUGUGCCACUGCCAGGUAACUUCAGCCAGGGUCCGGGCAGCAGCAGAGGUUUGGCAUCUCCCUGAUGUGUGGUCCCUGUGAUUUCCAGCCACAGCCAUGGGAUUGUUUGACAAGCUGGCAGGAUGGCUUGGGCUGAAGAAAAAGGAGGUUCACGUCUUGUGCCUUGGCUUGGACAACAGCGGCAAAACAACGAUCAUCAAUAAACUUAAACCUUCAAAUGCUCAAACUCAGGACAUCGUUCCAACAAUAGGAUUCAGUAUAGAGAAAUUCAAAACUUCAAGUUUGUCUUUCACAGUGUUUGAUAUGUCAGGUCAAGGGAAAUACAGAGACCUCUGGGAACACUACUACAAAGAAGGCCAAGCCAUUAUUUUUGUCAUUGAUAGCAGCGACAAAUUAAGAAUGGUUGUGGCCAAAGAAGAACUUGACACCCUUCUGAAUCAUCCAGACAUUAAGCACCGCCGGCUGCCUAUUCUCUUCUUUGCUAACAAGAUGGACCUCAGGGAUGCAGUGUCAUCUGUGAAAGUGUCUCAGUUGCUGUCCUUAGAAAACAUCAAAGACAAGCCCUGGCAUAUUUGUGCCAGUGAUGCUCUUAAAGGGGAAGGAUUACAAGAAGGUGUGGAUUGGCUCCAAGAUCAAAUUACACAGUCAGAUGCAAGCAAUGAAGACAUGAGAGAUAAAUAAAGGAUCUAUGGGGUUCUUUUACACCCUUUGUCAGUAGGUGAAGAACAAGUUCCUUGGAAAGGAAGAAUGAUUUGAAAAAGACAGUUCAGCUAAAAUAUCCUGUAUUGACUUGUUUCAGUUUAGUAUCUCUUCCAGGAAAACUGAAUGUAGACAACCUAGCACCUCAGGUAUGCACAAUGAUGAAUUAAAUUGAAUCUUGUGACUGGAGAGCAUAUACAAAGAAAAAAUUGUGUUAACAAUAAACAUCUGCAUUCAUUUGAGGUUUAGGUGAUAAUUAGCCAUCAGUAAAUACCCCUCUGUUUUUUGGGGGGACACCUUUUGAGCAAAUGGUAAUAUUUAUUUUCCAAAGAAAGAAUAAUCAGCACUUCCUGAAAUACAUCUAUAUAAGAUACCUACUGAUUUUAGAUGCCCAGUUUUAGGCAUUACUGUCAUUUUUUUAUAUUAAAGUUUGAUGUUGGGUUUUUAUUAUCCAUCUCUAAUAUACUUCUAUAAGAGUAUUUUGAUUAAAGAUAUAAGGAUUCACAUUUUCAGUAUAUUUGUUAUAGAUGAUUGCAGAUGUUUUUAAGAAAUUGCUUUUAAUGAAAUGUUAUGAAUUGUUUUUUGUGAUUAUGCCAUGGUUAUAUUUGCAUUCCCAUCAAUAAAACUUCAAAUAUAUUACAUGCCCUGAUUGGGUUUUUUAACUUCAAUAUGCUCAUUAAUGAUCUUUACAUCCUAGAGAUUUUUGGUUUUUUAUUCGUUUCAUUUGGAAUUUGUUUAUCCAUAUUCAAGUGGAUAUAGCACUGUAUAUGGAAUAAAAUGGUAUCUCUGUU